GAGCCCUGUGGCAGUGAGAGCGUGCGGGCAGAGCGCGCUCAGUGCACACGAGAAGCUGCUGAAGGCCGUCGGAGUCGUGCUCGUGCGUUGUAAAUUAUGUACAUAAGUUGCUGAUUUUAUUAUUCGGGUUCACAUGAAUGGCGGGUCGCACAACUCGGAGCCGCCGACCCGAGCAGCGAGUGAGGGAAUCUGUAGAGCAACCAGCAACCGCUGUCUGAGCGGACCGAGCCUCGACGACUCCGGUGGGGAUUUUCAAGCCGACACCGCCGCGGAAAGCGUUCACACAAUAUAAAGAGAACAAACUAACGGAGCAGAGAUUAGUAUUGGUUUUUUUUUUUUGUAAAUGUAUUUUUUCAGUGGGUGUAAUAAUAAUAAUAAUAAUAAUUUUGUAGGCAGACAGCCCAGUGUAAAUCUCAUGUAAUAAGGUUUGUAAAAAAAAAAAAAAGAUAAAGGAAUAAUAAUAACAAAAAAUAAUAAUCCAGUUAUCAGUGAGUUAGCUAGCUAUCUGCGCUGAGCUGCUCGUUUUUCUUUGAAAGAAAUAUAUCGCUGGACCGACGACCUACGAUGCUACAUUUGGGGUUUACUUGAAGAUAUUCACACAGCAGUUUGAAAGAAAAACACAGCAGCUUUCCCAACAGGCUUGAAAAACUCUCCUGGUUUUGUGUGUUUUUGUAAGAGCUGGGAGACGUGUGGUUUACUUGGUUUGGUACUGCAACUAAGUGAAAAGAAAAUUUAGGAAAUGGUGAGAAGAAAAGUGAGGACAGAAACUAUUCUCUAACAGCUGUGGUCUCACCCUCCUGUGCUACUGUAAAGUACCUAACAAAAGGAGGCAGGGAGACAGACAGCGGAAGAAAAGUGGGAGGGUUUGAUCAAGACCGGCUUUCAGUCACCUGCAGCACUGGAAGAACAGCCUAAUAGAGUAGAAGGGGUGAGUGGGUGACCACAGAAAGAGAGAGAGACGGGGACUGACAGAGGAGCAAAGGUUUGGAGGAGGAGGAGGAGGAGGAGGAGGUCUAGGAGGAGUGGGAAAGGCCAUAUCCCAUGGCUACUGACCCAGGAGAGCCCACAGGCACCGAGGAUUCCUCGGAGAAACCUGAUGGACAGAGGGAGGAGGACACGGAGCGGGAGGGCAGGGCUGACCCACAGAGAGAGAGGACGCACAGCACCCCCUCGGACUUCCCCUCCUCCCAGACUCAGGAGAGGAAAACAACAGGAGGAGAGGAUGGAGCAAUCCGAGGAGGAGGAGGAGGAGGAGGAGGAGGGGAAGCCAGCCAGGCGGGUAAGGAGAACCCAGUUAGACCGAUUUCAUUCUCCACACCCUCCUUACCAGUUGACACUGGCCAGAAGCGACUGAGGAGGGAGAAGCGCUUCUUCAGGAAGAGUGUGGAGAUUUGUGAGGAGGACGAUGUGGUGGAGGUGCCCCCGGAGGCGCCCCACAGUGCCCCCCACCUGGAGCUGCGUUCCUCUGACUCAGUCUUCACCAGCAGUGCUCAGCAGCAAGGGGUUGCUUCAUCCUGUGCUGCCCUGGGCCAUGACCCAUCCUGCCCCAGCUCUAGCCAGGAGCCUGGCAAGGAUGCUCCUUCCCUCACAGCUGCCCAGAGGGGGAAGGAGAGGGACCGUGAGCAGGAGGAGGAGGCAGAGAUGAAGGCCGUGGCCACCUCUCCUGGAGGCAGAUUCCUCAAGUUUGACAUUGAACUGGGCAGAGGAGCCUUCAAGACUGUGUAUAAAGGCCUGGACACAGAGACUUGGGUGGAGGUGGCUUGGUGUGAACUUCAGGACCGCAAGCUGACCAAGGCGGAGCAGCAACGCUUUAAGGAGGAGGCCGAGAUGCUGAAGGGGCUUCAGCACCCCAACAUCGUCCGCUUCUAUGAUUCCUGGGAGUCUGUGCUGCGUGGCAAGAAGUGCAUCGUACUGGUCACUGAACUCAUGACUUCGGGAACACUCAAAACUUACCUGAAGCGCUUUAAGGUCAUGAAACCCAAGGUCCUGAGGAGUUGGUGUAGGCAAAUCCUGAAGGGCCUUCACUUCCUUCACACCAGGACUCCUCCAAUAGUCCACCGGGAUCUGAAGUGUGACAACAUCUUCAUAACAGGCCCCACGGGCUCAGUCAAGAUAGGUGACCUGGGACUGGCCACUCUUAUGCGGACCUCCUUUGCGAAGAGUGUCAUAGGAACCCCGGAGUUCAUGGCUCCAGAGAUGUAUGAGGAGCACUAUGAUGAGUCUGUGGAUGUCUACGCCUUUGGGAUGUGCAUGCUGGAGAUGGCCACUUCAGAAUACCCCUACUCUGAGUGCCAAAAUGCUGCCCAGAUCUAUCGCAAAGUCACAAGCGGUAUAAAGCCAGCCAGCUUUGAUAAGGUGAAUGACCCAGAAAUCAAAGAGAUCAUUGAAGGCUGCAUCCGUCAGAACAAGAGCCAGAGACUCUCCAUCAGAGACCUCCUCAACCAUGCAUUCUUCGGGGAGGACACAGGGGUCCGGGUGGAGCUGGCAGAAGAGGACACAGGCAUCCAGGACUGCCUGGCUCUCCGGAUUUGGGUUGAAGAGCCGAAAAAGCUAAAAGGGAAGCACAAAGACAAUGAGGCCAUCGAGUUCAGCUAUGACCUGGAGAAUGAUAGUGCUGAGGAAGUGGCUCUAGAGAUGGUGAAGUCAGGAUUCUUCCAUGAGAGUGAUGCCAAGGUGGUGGGAAAAUCCAUCCGGGAUCGGGUAAAUCUGAUCAAAAAGUCACGGGAGCGUCGACAGCAGCAGCUCCUUCAGCAGCAGCAGGGCUUUGAAGAAAGAAGAGACUCCACUCUCACCUCCUACACCUUUUCUCAUCCAUCCUGCCCGUCCUCACUGGGGCCAGGGGCAGCUGGACAGACAGGAGUAGGAGGAGGAGUGGGAGGAGGAGGAGUGGGAGGAGGAGGAGUGGGAGGAGGAGGAAUGGGAGGAGGAGGAGGUGUAGGAGGAGGAGGAGGAGGAGUAGGAGGGGGUCAAGAGUCUGAGGAGCUGCCUGAAGUGGACCAGCAUGUCAGGCAGCAACAUAUUUUCAGUGGGACAACCCUUAGUCUGCCAGGCGAGAGCAUUGGGUCGGCCAGCUGUGAAUCCUAUGCAAGUGGACAAAGCCAAGCAUACUCUCAGCAAGGGGAAUCAUACACUCACUCCCAGACUACUUUCCCCCCUACGGCAUCUAGCACUGGCGCAUUGGCUCAUCCUCAAAUGGUCUCCAUUGGAGAGAGUGGAGGGGUUCCAAAUGUGCCUAUUGGCCAGAGUGUUAGUAUGUCCAGCAUGUCCAUAGGCCACAGUGGAGGGGGACCCGUGGGUCAGACUUUUCUUCAGUCCAGUACCAUGGUUCCACAGGUAUCAGCAAGUGUCCCUCAACAAUAUUUUCAGUCACAAACAUUCCCAUCAGAUGCAUUUCAAACUGCCACACCCCAUGGGUCAAUGGCCCCCUCACAGUCAUACAUACCCCCUGUUUCCCCACAAGCACCCAUUAAUGUUCUCACUACAUCCAUGUCAGUCAGUGAUCCUGCUGGACUAGCGGGGACCAUUGUGCCCCUCGCUCAGCAGACCCAACCCCCUGCCACUCCCAUGCAGCUGACUGACAUCAUUCCCCAGACAGCACCCCAGCAAACACAGCCUGUCAUGAUCCCUCAGCAGACUAUUGUCCAACAACAACAGAUAGGGAUGGAUCCCCAGACCUCCACCCUUCAGCAGCAGCAGCAACAGCAAAUGGAGGCCCAGGCCACUCUGCUCGAACAACAAGUUGGUACCACUCAGCCACCAACGGAGCAUCAUCUACAAAACCUUCAAACUUCAGCUGUCCAGAAACAUCAACAUGAGCCUCAGCAGCAGAUCUAUGUACAGCAGCCUGUUCCUCCUGUCCACACAAUUCCUCAGCAGCAAGUAUUACCUACACAAACAGGUAUGGAGCAGCGAGCUAUGUCAUUACCACAGCCAGGGGAACAACCUCAGACUUAUAAACAGCAACCAACAGGGGAUCCUCGUGAGCAGACCAUGAUACAACCACAACAACUGCAGCAACAGCUUCAGCAACAGCAAACUCUGCUACAACAGCAACAGCAACAAGCUUUACUGCUUGAACAACGUCAGACGUACGUCCAGCAACAGGUUGAUCAACAGCAACAAACAGCGUUGCUUCAACAGCAGCAACAACAACAGGCCCAAUUAAAUCAGUUUCAACUGGAGCAGCAGCAAGCACUCAUACACAAGCAAUUGUUGGAUCAACAACAGCAGCAAGCUCUCAUUCAACAGCAAGAGCAGCAACAACAACAACCACAACAGUCGCUUUUACAACACCAGUUAGAGCAGCAACAACAACAGCCGACUUUACAGCAACAGCAGCAGAGCCAGUUAUAUCAACAAAUUGGACAACCCCAAGCUGGAACACAAAAAGAACCAGAGAAGCAACAACAAAGUGGACAACAGCAGCAACAGAUUGUAUUGCAGCAGCAGCCUCAGCAGACUCAACAGCAAACGGAACAACAAUUGCAGCAGCAAGCCAUACUCCGACAAAUAGAACAACAACAGCAACAAGCACUAAUACAACAGCAUCUGCAACAGCAGGCUAUUUUACAACAGCACCAGCUACAACAGAAAGCUCAGCUACAGCAACAGCAACAAGAGCAGCAACAGGUACAACUCAUGCAGCAGAUAGAGCAGCAACAGCAAGCUCUGUUGCAGCAACAGUUAGAACAACAGCGUCAGCAACAAGUCCUGUUGCAACAACAACAAGCAGAGAGAUUACAGCAACAAGCUCUGUUACAGAAACAGAUUCAAGAGCAGCAGCAACAAGCAGCCAUCCUUCAGCUUCAGAAAACUGAGAAACAAGAAGCUGUGCCUAUUCCACAAAGUAACAGUGAGCAGCAGAUUCAGCCGCAAACAAGUGAUAUACAGCAUGUGUGUAUCCCACAGCUAAACACUACCCAGCUUGCACCUCAUACCACUCUCACACAGCAGCAAGUGAUAGAGCAACAACAGCACGCAGCAUUGAUCCAGCAGCAGCAAGUAUUUAUUGCCCAGCCGCAGCAUCAUACCUCAGUAAUGGAACCACAUAUCUCAGUUGGAGCUCCUGCCGGCACUGAGGUGAUUCAGCACCAAACUCAAAAAGCCUCACAGGCCCAGGUCCUCAUGGCCAAUCAGACUACACAGAUCCCUGUCCAGACGUCUGCUGUUGUCCCAGCUCAAGUUCUUACCCAGCAAGGACAAAGUGAGGCCCAUUCCCAGAACCAGGGUCAGGUCCCAGUCCAAUUUAUAGCCCAGUCUACAGUCCAAGCACCUCAAGCUAUGACUGAGGCCCAAGCGACUCUUCCAGCAGCAAUGAUCCAGGGACAGACCCACGUCAUCCAGACCCAGCAAAUUCCUUUACAGCCUAGUUAUGCAGGACCUGCCACUCACACACAGAGCCAGGUAACUGCUCAGCCAUUAAUCCAGACUCAGCCUCUGCAACUGACAAUUAGUCAGUCCCAGCCACCACAUAGCCAGGGCCCAACUGUGGACAUUCAGAUGAUGGGCCAACAAAGCCAAGCUGCUGUCCAGCCUCCAGCUGCAAUUGCCUCAAUUCCCAGUCAGAUCCAACAUGAGACUCUUGUUCAGCAAAAUUCUCAGAUGCCAGGGCUCAUGCAGGCCCAGCUCCAGCAACAAACACAAGGCCAGCCACCUAUCCAGGUGCAUGUUCAGGCUGCUGCCAGCCUGUUGGCACCUCAGUAUGUUCCCCAGCCUACCCACCAAGCCAUGGUAUCUGGACAACAGGAUAUAACUCAUAUUAUGCAGCAGCAGCAGCAGCAGCAGCAGCAGCAAGACCCACUACUACAGUAUCAGCAGAUGAUUCUGUCUCCUGGCCCAGCUGGAAGUGUUGGAACUACAGCAGAUCUUAGUCUCAGUUCUGUAGUUGACCCUGCUAACUUUGUUGCCGCUUCUCAUCCUGUGCAGCAGGCUGGACAUGCCUAUGUUUCGGGCCAAACAACACUACAUCCAGUUGUUCAGGCCCAGCAGCAACCCCUAGGAAGCACUGCUGACCCUUCAGUCAUUCAGCCCAUCUCCCAGCCUACUAUUCCUACUGGCCAAUACCAGCAACAGCUACAGAAUCUUUCUCAAGUGUAUCAACCACUAGCUUCACAGGCCCAGUUACUGGCACAGCCCAUCCCAACUACCAUCCAGCAACCACUUCCUCCAAAGCAGGCUACGAUACCCCUCGAUGAGAGUCAGCUGCCCCCGCAGGGUCCACCUGCUUCACAUCUGGUGACCCAUUCCGCUGCACAGAUAGUCCCCAGUAAUGUGGCCGGGCCUCAGUCCCAGAACAAGACCCAGCCCCGGUAUAGUCAUCUAGUGGCAGGCGCCCCUUCGUCUCCGCAGCACCAAGCCAAGCAGAUGCUGCCAGCUCACACACACACACAAACCAGCAUUCAGGCCCAAACACACUCCCAAACACAGACACACGUUCAGACACAAGCUCAUUCUCACACUCAGACACACACUGAGACACCUGUUGCUGAACAGCCUAUCCUGCCCCAUGCUGUCUUUCCUGCACAACAGAUGCCCCUCAGCCCCUCUCAUACCUCAUGUCCCCCAACAUCACUACCAUCUCUUCCAUCCCUACCAUCCCACCCUUCUGCUGCUGCCCCUGCGCCAGAGCUGCCUACAUCUCCACCAGCGGCUCAGGUAACCUUACCAGGGCAGGCCGAUUUUAUACCCACCUCUCCUCCGCCUGUCACUACUCUUCAAUCGCUUGAUUCUAAUGCCCCCAAACUGCCCCAAGCCUCGCUGCAAGACUGUGACCUUUCCCUGCUGGGCAUUGCUCAGGAUGGUCCGUACCUGUCAAGCACAGAACGUCAUUCUUCGUCAGGGUCUUUUCCAGCUAAUGGAGAAGAAACUCUCCAGCUCUUGGCCAAUGGGAAAAUUGACAAAUUAAAAGCUCAAAGAAGAGCUUCCUGCCAGAGGCCUGAGAAAGUUUCACAUCAGUUUCAACUGAGCAUGCUCCAGGUGUCUGGCAGUGGGGACAAUAUGGUGGAAUGCCAGUUGGAGACACAUAGCAACAAGAUGGUGACAUUUAAAUUUGACAUUGAAGGGGAUGCACCCGAGGACAUAGCAGAUUACAUGGUCGAGGAGGACUUUGUCCUUGAUGUAGAGAAAGAGAAAUUUGUUGAGGAACUUAGAGCCAUAGUUAAGAAAGCUCAUGAAAUUCUUCAAACACAUUCACUGACUGGAUCAACUGACCAGCUGCAUGUGAGCACUCCCACUAGCUCUUCGGUGGACUCAGUGCCCCAUUCCUCCCCAGUGGGACGCUGGCGCUUCUUUAUCAACCAGACCAUCCGCCAUAGAGACUCUCUAUCCAGCCAGGGAGCAGGCACUCCACCACCCACUUCAGAGAUGAGAAUACCUCAGUCUCCUAAAAUGGAGAAAGCUGUAGAAAGUGAAGGAUCCCAGAGUCUGGAGUCCUUGACUGGAAUGACCUCUCCCCCCUGCCCCACCCUUUCUGCAACCUCCCCUCCAGUCUCCACUAUUUCAGCCCCUGUCUCCAUGGCCCCCUCAGCCACCGCUGCCCUGGCUCCUAACACUGCUGCUUCUGAAAGCAUCUCUGCACCAGCCUCCACACUUGAAGCAUCUGUCCCUGUCACUGCUUCAGGUGGUCUCGAAAUCCUCACCUCAGCUUCUGUUGACCAAAUUCCCAGUGCUCCUUCAUCCAUAGCAAUACCUGCUGUUGCUAACCUCCCCGCCUUGUCCACUGCUCCUACUGUUGUGUCCCCUACUCCCACCACCAUUCUGCCAGAUAUGAUUACUUCUCCUGGAACCAGUGGUUGCUCCAUUGUAGGUCAAAGUAUAGGGGAUACAGUGAUAACCGCUCCAAGGUCAUGUGUGCCUGCAGCGGACCAGUCUUCAACUUCUUUUUAUUCCUCUCCUCCUGCUGCUGCGGUGAUCCCUUCAGCAGUAAGCCAAUUUGGCAUGGAGCAGCAGCAGACACUCACCCAGGUGGUUAAACCCGCCCCACAACAACCACAGCCACAGCCACAGCCGCAGCCACAGCUACAGGUACAGGUACAGGUACAGCCUCCAUUACAGCAGCAGGUACCAGCCGUUCAACAACAACUGCCGGCAGUGCAGCUUAAACAACAGUUACAGCAGGCAACACCACAGCAGCAACUGCAAUCACAACAUCAAGAACAAAUUCAGCUGCAGCAGGAACGAGCACUGCAACAGUCUCUCCAGCAGUUGCAACAUCAGCAACUAAUGCAGCAACAAAUACCACUUCAACAACAGCUGACUGAGGUGCAGGUGCUGCCUCGACCAGGUAAUACAGAGUUGUUAAAACAGGCUGUGCCUCUGCAGCAGUUUCCAACCCCAGUGUCCCUACAGCAGACCCAACAACCCCUUCCUCAACAGCAAACACCACAGUAUACCCCGCAGUUGCUGCAACAGCCUCAGUUACAGCAGUUACCCCAGCAGGUAAUGGCACCCCAAGCUGCUGUGGUGCCCCAACAGCAGGCCCACAUUGAUCACCAGCAGCAGCAACAGUUAAACCUACAACAGACAAUACACUUACAGCAACAGCAAAUGGUGCAACAGCAGCUACAGCAGCAGCAACAUCAGCUGUUUAUGGGUACUGUGGCUUUAAAGCCAGAUCAAAGCCAAAUGCUGCCCCUGUCGAUUAGUCAACAGUUCCUUCAACAGCAGCCACAGCUAAAUGUUAGUCCUGUACCACAACAGCAGAUUCCACAACAAACCCAAAUUCCUGCUGAGCUGUCCCAACAAAAUAUACAGUCACAGAUACAGCUGCAACACAUUGAGCAGCAACAAGAGGCGGUUAAAGCCAUGGAGACACCCCAGAAACAGCAGAAUUUCCCCCUGCAGAAGCAGUCCUCUAUACAGAUGUCAGAGUCGGAGGUGUCCACAGGAGAGACAAGUGUCACAGAGGACACAUGCAGCUACUCUGCCCCUUUUCACCCUUCUUCUGACUCUUCUCUGCCACCUCUCCAUCUGGGCUCCACUGAUGCCCCCUUACCCGCCCUCUCCCUCACAAUGACACCAUCACCUGCUCAGCCCUCCUCUGUGGCCGAGUCAGACAGCGAAGGCCCCCCCAAAAUUGAAUUCGUAGACAACCGCAUAAAGACUCUGGAUGAAAAGCUGAGGAAUUUGUUGUAUCAGGAGUAUAGCAGUGGGGCAGCGCUGGCUGGGGGACUUGCCUCUGGGCCUACGUCCGCUGCCUCUACAUCAGCAGGAGGAGACGAGUCAUCUGAGCCACAAUCAAUCCACCACAUGUCUUUCCCCCCACCUAUCUCCUCCUCAGAUACUUCCCCUCACUCCUCAUCCUCCACAACCUCCUCCACCACCUCCCGGUCCUCGUCCACCUCCCCUGACCCGGAGAGGGAUCGGGUUGGAGAGGAGGCUUCCUCAGAGGCGCCCAACGUUGCGGAACUGGGCCCAGUGGAGCAACAGCCUGGCCCAUCUCUCCCCUCCACCUCUGCCUCGUCCACCCCGCCUACCUCUCUUCUGCCUCCCAAUCAGGAUGACUCUGCUGGGCCCCAGCGCCCACCUGUACCAGGAGAACCAACCAUUCUUGCUGUACCCCCACACUCUGACACCAGUACCACUGGAGAUGCAUCGUGGCCCCCCAAUCAGCACCCGAUCCCCCUCCGGCAUGGACAGCAGAAGCACAAUGCAGGAGGUGGAUAUUUUGGCCUAAACCUGACAUGUCCUAGUAUCAGAAAUCCUGUUAGCAAGAAAUCCUGGACUCGCAAAUUCAAAAACUGGGCGUGCAAACUGCGCCACUCCGCCAGCUUGUUCAAGAAGCCCAGAGUCCAGCAAGAUGGACGUUCCAGCAGUCAGACACUCAGAGAGGAGAAAGAGGCCCCACCACUAAAUCCACCACAGUCACGUAAAGGGCGAUUUCAGGUGACUCCAGUGCCCCAGUCCUCUCCCCCGAAGGAUGCGGCAUCAGGCCAUGGAAGCACUCACAGGAAAGUGGGACGCUUCUCUGUAACCCAGGCUGAGACUAAGAGAGAGGACAGGCACACUGACAGUUCCCCGGUGUCUCCCGAUUUGGAGAGGGAUAGAAGGAAAUCUCGGGCAAAGGAGGGAGAGAAGGAAGAAAGUAAGAGGACCCCAUCAAUGGCUCACCUGCCUCGAGGUCAUGGGCACAGCCACUCACCCUUAGGGAGCAGUGAUGAUGAUGAUGAGAGUGAGCUGGAGGACGAAGACCUGAGAAAAGAACUACACAAGCUCAGGGAGAAGCACAUCAAAGAGGUGGUAUCCCUUCAGGCCCAGCAGAACAGAGAGCUGCAGGAACUGUACAGACAGCUCCGUUCCUUCAAAGACCAAAGGCAGAGUCUGCCUGCCUCCCUGUCCCGAACGCCUCCCCUUCCCACGGCACCUCCUGUCCUCUCUCCCCGUAGGCCCAGGCCAGCCAAAAUCAAGCUCCGACCUCGGCCUCACUCUCACAUGGAUAACAACGGAGUUACGCACUCUGGAAUUCAGCAGUCAAGUAGUUACUCAGGUGGUGAACAGAGUAGACUGCCCCUGUACUGCAACCCAGAACACCACACUACACUGCCUGCUAAAAGAGAUCACAGCCCUCUAAGAAAAAGCACAUUCACAGAUGAGCUGCACAAACUCGUUGAUAAUUGGACAAAGGAAACGGUCGGCCCCUCCCCCCCCAAGCCUUCACUGAAUCAAAUCAAACAGAUUCAGCAGGUACAGGAGUUGGGAGGCUGGAGCCAGCCGGCUGAGGUGGCUCCACCAGGUUGGUUCCCAGUGGCACCACUGAACCCCCAGGCAACCCCGACCCCUGCCAGCUUGCCAGUGGCAGCCCCUUCCCAUUACACAGGAGGAGGGAGCCUGUCCACCCUGCACUCUCCGGGACCACCACCACAAACGCACAUGGCUCAAGUGCCACCGAUGCAGCAAAGUUUACAACUCCAUCAGUCUCUCCCUCUCCAGCAGAUGACCUAUCAACAGUCCCCACUCCGCCAACAGAUACCACAGCCCCGGAUGCAAACUCCCAUACAGUCUCAGUCACUACCACAGACACAACCUAUCACCCAGCUGCCCCACUCACCACCUCAAAGCCAACCACUGCUGCCUUCCCAAAUGCCCACAUCUCCGGUGUCUACGGCCGCGCCUCUGCUGCCUGGCAGUGGCGCCACUGCACCCACAGAUAGCACUGCUGCUACUGGUGGAACAUUUUGCUCCUGUUCCUCAUCUUCUUCCACCUCUUCUUCUUCUUGUUCUACUGCUGCUCUACCUUCCAGUGCCAAAAUUCACCCUACACCCCCCACCUCUACUCUUCCUCUGGGACAGAAAUGAAACCAUGGAGAAGUGUGAGAUCAAUAUGAAGGUGCAAGAGAUGGAAAUACUAAGUGGAUCAGGACGUAACGCAGAUCCAUGUGGAGUGUUAGUUCUGUGUAUGCAUGAAGGAGUUGUGACUGCGAUGAAUAUAUGGAUUCCAGUGUACUUCUGGGUGAGAUGAGGAGUGAAUGUGAGAGACGAUAGAUCCUAGUAUGUACAGACAGAGGGUAAUAUGGAACACAGCAGCUGGGGUUUAUGAAUCAUGGUAUGUUUGGGUGUUGAGAUGUAUAAAUUCUUAAAUGUAUGAUUGUGUGCGUUUAUGAGUGUGCGUGUGAGUGUUAAUGGGUUAUCCGAGUACAUAUCCCUUAUGUCCUUUUACACAAAUUAACGUUCAUGUUUUUGUUUUUAAACCAACACAGUUGGACCCGAACUCUCCCUUAGCAGAGACAAGAAGGACAAAAUAUUUGACAGUGUGUUGACAUUUUUUGUUUAAUUUGUCAAUGCUUACAGUGAAAGGACUACCAAUUUUAAAAGUGCAAUUAGUAAUGGUCAUCUAAAUUGAUCAGCAUGUAUUGUAUGAAUUUGUCUGUAAGGCAUAAAAUAUUUUUGUAGAAGCACAUGGAUAAAAACCAGACGCAUAGAGAAUCUUUUCAUGAUGGUUACAUGAUCCUUUAAAAACUAUAGGCCUAUAGCAAAAGGUGUUUCAAUGGGAAAUGAAAAAAAAAUGAAACAACAGCAUGUUUAGCAGAAGAGCACGGCAAAGUUAUCUGGCUACCAUCAUUACCACAAUGCGACCAAAUGCACCGUUGCAGUAUUUGUGCACGGGUACAGCAUGUGCUUCAUUUGUAUUAUUUUAUGUUUAGCAGUUGUAACAUAGAAACUGUCUAAAUUACCAUGAGUGAUGUGAUAUAAUGAAUUAAGAUUAAUUCAUAAUACGAUGGUAAAUUGAAAUACGCCAUCUAUGUUCAGUUGAUACCUGGAUACCCUCAGUUCAAGACUGCAUGACCUUAUGACUAACUUGACUUGCCUGAGUGCAAACUGUUUGCACUUGCUGUAUAUUCACGAAUUUCACAUUUACUAUUUGCAGCCUACUGAGAUAAUUCAUCAGUCAUGAAUAAAUUUGUUUUCAGUAUGAUAUGCUUUCACAUUUGACAUUUUUUGCUUUCAGUUUGAGCUCUGCAUAUCAAAGUAUACCAUGGUGUCAUGCUGAGGAGGAAUAUGAAAAAGAAAAAAAACUGCCAAGUUACUAUAGACUGGGGAGACCAUAUGGAUUAUUCCCAUAUUGCCUUUUAAAAUUACUUCAUUUUUGUGGGUGUGUGAGUGUAUAUUUUUUCUGUGUGACAAAGCUUUGUGAUAGUCCCAUGGUAUAUUGCAUUAUAAACUGCAUCCCUGUUUGUUUCAUUCAAAGCGGCCUCUCAAAUGUCACUGUACACAUCUGAAAAUGUUUACUCUGACUAUGUUUUGGGCUUGUUUCCUCAAGACAACAAAACAAGUGAGAGGUUAGAGCAUAUACCAGUUGUAAUUUUAAUGUCCAACACCCUUGUGAGAUCCUCACUUGCCUGUUUGUCAACUUUGUUCAGCACUGGACUAAUUCCUUAUUUCAACUGUAAACUCUUUAGUCUUUGACAAUAGGCUGUCAGUGUGAAUGCAUCUGUCAGAAGCUGAACUGUGGGCCAUAAUUGUGCUUUAUGCAUACUGCAAAAAAGGUUUACUCUAGUCAAAAAUGCUCCAUUCCUCUAUUUCUAAACUCAUUUAAUUUGUAGAUGCACAGUGUAAUAUAUCAGCAGCUGAUAUAUUACUGUACAUUUUAUUGGGUUAUCAGUGCACUUAGCCAUACACACAUUUGACCUUCAAUGGUCAGGCGUUCACUUUUUGGCAUAAUAAGUAGCCUGUAGUCAAACGGCAUUUUUGUUUUAUUAAUGAUAGAGAGAUUGUGUGCCACUGAAAACAGGAGAUUGUACCGGUUGUUAAAGACUGCUAAACGUGAGUCAAAGUGAUUUAAAACAUGAAUUGUUAAGGAGGAAUAGUUUGUGCUAAAGGUUAUGGUUGUUCAGAAACCACAAUUGCAUAAUCUAGAAUAUAACAACGAUAUUCUGUAUUUGUUGCUUUUCAAGACAACCCACAUUGUCACAGAGAUGUAGUUCAUUAUUAGUGAAGGUGAGAUACUGUGCUGUCAUGUCUGAUACUAACAUGUUGAUUGCAAGCUACAGCUUAAUUAUCAUUAUUCAUGAUGUGGAGCUGGCUUUGUCCUUGAAGUGUUACCAAAAUGUUAUCUCAAAGAUAAAGAUUAUUUUUGUAUUUGAAAUGGGGUUGUACAAAUUGUAAAAUUGUGUUCUCAUCAUUAUAAAUCGGAGGUUAUUUGAAACUAGAAAACACUGGUUUUCAUCCCUGUUUACAUGGAACUCCCCUGCCUUGAUAUACCUCUCUGAGUCCUGACAGGCCAGGGUCAUUUAAGAUUAUAUUCAGAGAAUUUUUGGUAAUUUUUGACACCUUAUGUCAGUUUUUAACCUGGAAGAUACAUUAAAGAAUGACAUAUGCCUUCCUGCUGAGCUGCAGGUCAGAUUUAAUAAACUUUAAGAUUAAUGCAACAAAAAUCCGGGGAGUCCCAAAAUGGCAUUAAUGAGAACCAAUGGUAAAAGGACAUUUGGGCAGAGAAACCUCGAAAAAUAAAGUAUGUUGUUGCUGGUGAUUUAGCCUCUGUAAAUUGUAACUAAUUCAACUGUUGAUUUUAUUUAUGUUUUGUAACUAAUCAAAAUAAAUGAUGUUAAACAUCAAA